AUGUUUUCAAUCACAGCAAUUACGCUCGCUGUCUGCGGUGCACAGGCCACACAAGUUGUCCUGUCGAGCUUACCCGCUGUUGGCAAUAUCGCCUACUCGCUACCAACUGAUCGCACGUUUCUUCUUAAUGUUCCAGCUGGAUAUACGCAUGGAGAGCCACAUCCUCUGGUUCUUUCCUUUCAUGGAGCCGGUGGCUUUAGUGAGAAGCAACAGCGCAUCACGGAACUAUCGGACGCGUCGUUAAGCAUUUCCGGUCGGCCAUUUUUGACGGCAUAUGCGCAAGGUGUGAAUAAUACGGACUGGAACAUGCAUCACAUCUGGAAAGGUGCCCCUUACGAGAACACGACUGUCGAUGAUAUUGCCUAUGUAUAUGAUAUCAUCGCCACCGUUGCUGACGCUUACACUGUUGACCGCACACGCAUAUACGCUUGUGGAAAGUCAAAUGGCGGUGGCUUCACUGCACUUCUUGCCUGUCGCCCUGACACGUCGGCAAUUAUCGCGGCUUUUGCCCCUGUCUCUCCUGCGCUCUACCAAGGAACCUAUUCCUUCUUCAACUGCACUCCCGCGCGCCCGGUACCGAUCCUGCAUUCUCAUGGCGUUGAGGACCGUGACACCGAGUUUCUAGGCCGCACGCCGCUAGGUGGUUCUUUCGGCCCCGAGCCUGAUGUGCGUCUCUGGCGCCGCGAGUGGGCAGAACGCAAUGGUUGUCGUGGGCCUUACGCCGGGGCCUGGCCGUUACCAUCCGUCCGAGAGGUUCAUCCAGGGGCAUGGGAAGAGGUUUGGGACUGCCCAAAAGAUGCUGAGGUGCGUGCCUUGACAGUUGAAGGGCUCGGUCAUGCAUGGCCAUCGACUGUUGGGCUUGACCUGGCUGGCAGCCCCAACCAGACUGCCAACUUCAACUUUACCAGCCAGCACCUAGUGCAAUUUUUUUCACGGCACCAUUUGUGA